AUGGAACUGAAGAGGGGAAAGACCUUCAUCAAAUCCAGCUUGCAGAUUUCCCACGAGAAACCACCAGAUCCAGCAGUCACUCCUCCAGCCAGGGAGGAUGCAGGCCCCUGGUCAGUCUCAGUGGGAGGGCAGCAGAAGCCCUCUGGUGAGAAGAGCUCCCAAGUCAUUUCCAGUGCACAAGGGUAUGACAGAUCCCCCAACAGGGGGGUGCAGCCCGACCCUGAGGAGGAGCCCGUGGCCCUCUGUGGAACCACCUUCAAGUUGGUGCGGAAGAGCAAGACACACAACAGUGUUCCUGGGGCUGCAAAAGCAGCCACCACCACAGGGCAGCUGGUGGGCAGUGUGAGCUUCCCGGGGCCCUCCAGCAGCCAGCGCAUGAUUGACUACCGUCACUUUGUGCCCCAGAUGCCCUUCGUACCAGCUGUGGCCAAGAGCAUCCCAAGAAAGAGAAUUUCCCUGAAACGGCCUAAGAAGUGCUUCCGGAACCUAUUCCACAUCCGCAAAAGCAAGACAGAGAACCUCGCCUCAUUGGCAGCCAAGGAGAAGAGCCUAUCCUCCCCCAGGCUCCCGUCAGAAGCUAUAGGGCAGCAUGGCAAAGCCUUCCUCUCCCUGGGUGAGGGGCUGGGGCUGGACAGCCUGUGCCAGGACCUGUCCGACAGUGAGUUUCUGCCUGACUUCGACCUCUGCAGUGUCCUAUGUGAGGACAUGGCCUCACUUAAGAGUUUUGAUUCACUCACAGGCUGUGGAGAGAUCUUUGCAGAUGAGAGCUCAGUGCCAUCCCUAGAACUAAGUGGAGGCUCUAAAAGUUCAAACUGGGCAUCCCAGGCUGUGGAGAGCAAGGCUCCCAAGGGCCCUUCCCAGGGAAGCAUGGAGCAGCUGGCAUCACCUGCCCAGAAUGAAGUGUCAGACUUCACCAAGUUCUGGGACAGUGUGAAUCACUCGGUGAGACAACAGCAGCGUGCCCUAUUGGGCCCAUGGCUGGUGGGACCCCAGGGGAUGGACACAGACCAGCCAAGGCCAGAUGUGGCUGGGCUGGCCGAGCUGCCCCUCUUCCCCUGCAGAGGUCCCCCUAGUGGUUCCAAAGCCAGCUCCAUAGACACAAGCACACCCAAAAGUGAGCAGCCAGAAUCUGUGUCCACGAGUGACGAGGGCUACUAUGACUCCUUUUCACCUGGUCUUGAAGAAGACAAGAAGGAGGCCCCAAGCCCAGGCACACCUGCAGCUGCCUUCCCCAGGGACAGCUACAGUGGAGAUGCCCUUUAUGAGCUUUUCUAUGACCCCAGUGAGGUCCCUGUUGGCCCGAGCUUGGAUGAUGACCUGUGUGUGUCUGACAGUCUGUCAGGGCCAGCCCUGGGGACACCACUGUCCAUGUGCAGCUUCCACGUGGGGGCUGAAGAGAACCUGGCCCCCGCGCCAGGCCCAGACCUGCUCAGCCAGGGCUUUCUACAGAGCUCCUGGAAGGGCAAGGAGUGUCUGCUGAAGCUCUGUGACACGGAGCUUGCCAUCACCAUGGGCAUUGUCAACUGGCUCCGCCGCACCCCUCCUGCCCCUGUACCUGCCCCUGGGGAGCCCACAGCCCCACCAGACCCCUCUAGAAUCCCAAGGGGACCAACAGAGAAGGUGGAGAGCAGGGAGAAUCAAGCCUUAGAUACAGGCAGGGCCACUGUGUGCUCAGCACCCAGUAGGCAGGAGCUGUGGGCACGACCCAGCAACAAAGCCUGUCUUGCUGGAGAGAGAGAGGUCCCAGGGGGUGUUGUAAGGGGUUCCAGUACCCUAUACAAGGACCUGUCUCUAGAGGAAAGGACACAAGGCUGCCCUGAAGGCUCAUUCUCCUCUGUGGGCUCUGCAGUCACCACGACAACCAACAUUUUCAGUAAAAGCAAAGAGCCUAGGCAAUCUGGGAAUCUGAGACAUUCCCAAGGGCCCUGGUGGCCAGGUCAUGGGGGAAGCACUCUCGAUGCAGGGCCUACACUGGUAGGCUGUGUGAACCAUGUGGCAGCCAUGCAGAUCUACCCAGCUGACCAGCCUCCAAGGCAGGACACAGGCAGUGAGCUUUUCAGACAGCCUCAGGCCUGGGCCCCUGACAUUCUGCAGCAGAAACAAGGGGCCAAGGUCUGUGCUUUGUCUUCCCCAGUCAGCCCACAGAACCAGACAUGUCCCGACCACUUCCUGAAGCUGAGCCAGCUCAGGCUGGAACCCUCCAAGCUGGGUGCCCAGGCCUGUGCCUCUGUGGAGGACCAGCCCCUGCAGCUAAGCCCCAGGGCUACAGAGGAGCAAGCAGCACAGAGGGGUCAGCAGGAUCCUGAGUCUCCCUCAGCUCCUGCUGCCCAGAAGAGCAACUUGGGCUUCCCCCCAGAAACCCUGGGACUUACUUUGGACAGCCAGAGGUAG